AUCGUAAAUUACCUGCGGAACCAUUCUUUGCUGGCCACUGCACCGACACGGACAUGUUUUUCCGACACACUUGUUCAAAGACGCAACAUUUGAAAUGGCUGUUACCCUUCAAACAGAUCUAGGAGAAAUUAAAAUCGAAUUGUUUUGUGAGCGCGCACCGAGAACAUGUGAGAACUUCCUUGCUUUGUGUGCCAGUGGCUUCUACACUGGCUGUGUCUUCCACCGCAAUAUUAAAGGUUUCAUGGUUCAAACUGGAGAUCCUACAGGUACAGGCAAAGGAGGAACAAGUAUAUGGGGCCGCAAAUAUGAAGAUGAGUUCAGUGAGCACCUAAAACAUAAUGUAAGAGGAGUGGUCUCAAUGGCAAACAAUGGCCCCAACACAAAUGGCUCCCAGUUUUUCUUCACAUAUGCCAAACAGCCCCAUCUGGACAUGAAGUACACGGUGUUUGGAAAGAUCAUCGAUGGCCUGGAAGCACUGGAUGAACUGGAGAAACUUCCCGUCAAUGAGAAGACGUUCCGACCGCUGACGGAAACCCGGAUAAAGGAUGUGACCAUUCAUGCCAAUCCUUUUGCUGCAUAGACAGUUUUCUCUUCAAAUAUGCAAAUUGUUCUUUUUUCCAAUAAGCCUAUUGGUCCAGUGUAAAGUACCCUGCCAAGGUUAAAAUAGAUAACUUGUUAGAGGCUAGAAAUUAGAUAGAAAGCUCCCAGACAUCAUCAUGACACAGACUCUGAAAUUAUAUAAUGCUGAGCUGUCCUAACAAAAUCACAUUUUUGUACCAGCAUUUUGUAAUAUUUUUGUUGUAAACGUCAUUUAAAUUCUGAGUGAAACUUACUUAGUGGUUUGAAUACGUCAACACUUAAAUUGCUGUCCAUCCUGAAGCAAAAUUCAUGUGUAUGCUCUUUCAAAUGUUGUAACUUGGUAUGCUUAUUGUUAUUUUAUGAAAUUAUUUGCAUUGCAAUUAAAGGCUAACCUUUUUCUGUUUAUCUUCAUAAAUUCACAGUUUAGUACAAAAAGAAAACACGCCCCUGACUUUGUACACCACUGCUACACACACAGUCUGAUCCUUUUUUAUUCUUGAUAGGCAAUAUAAAUAAGCCGUCAAUGUUUUGUACUAAAUAAAACGUUUGUAAAUAA